CGAGAGUCACAGCGGCUUUUAGUCGCGUUCCGUCCUUCACGACGCGUGGAUCGGGUGAACCGCUGCUUAUCGCGUCGCAAUUGUGAUUGCUAUUUUUUUCGCUGCAUCGCUCGGCCAUCACUCUAACGCGCAUUCAUCCCUCCCCGUGUACAACUAUCGACGACAGUGAUAACGCAGUAGAGAGAGAAUGCCGUAUCGCGCGAGAUUGCGACUGCUCGGGCGAGCGUGUCUAACGUUUCGCAGCUCGUGCGGGAAAAGCAAGGAUAGUCCGACGAGCCUCGCCGUCGCCGCCGCAAGUAUCGCCGGUAGCAGAAAUUUCUCCGCGAGCCGCACGCUCAAUAUGAGGUUCGUCCAAUUUCAAAGCAAGACCGGAGGCCCGCAGCAUCUCGGGGUCCAGCUGAAGCAGGGAGGCGACAUUAUUGCUGUAUCGGCGGUCGAUUCACGGAUCCCAAACACGCUUAAAAAAUUCCUGGAGGGCGGCGAUGACCUUCUGAAGAAGGCCAAAAGGGAAGACGAUAUCGACCUAAGGAAAGCAGUAGAGAGAAUAGUCGCCGAGGGUCGGAGCAUCAUACCCGAGGCGGACGUCAACUUCCUGGCGCCGGUCACGCACAUGGACAAGCUCGCCUGUAUCGGCCUCAACUACAGCGGCCACUGCCAGGAGCAAGGUAUACCGAUUCCGGAGAGUCCGAUAGUCUUUAGCAAAUUUCCCAGCAACAUCAUCGGACCGCGCGACAACAUCCUGCUGCCACAGAUCUCGGACAAGGUCGAUUGGGAGGCUGAGCUGGCGAUAGUGAUCGGCAAGAAAUGUAAAGCCGUUAGCAACGAGGACGUCGAGGAUUACAUCUUUGGUUACACAGUGGCACAGGACAUAUCGGCGCGCGACUGGCAGAAAACAAAGCGCAACGGUGGCCAGUUUCUACUGGGCAAAGGGAUGGACACGUUUUGUCCCCUGGGACCGGCGGUCAUUACUAAGGAGGCGGUAUGCGACAUCAAUAAUCUGUCCGUCAGGACAUGGGUGAACGGAAAUCUGAAACAGGACGGCAACACGAGCGAGCUCAUCUUCAAACCCCACGAAAUAGUCGCUUAUCUCUCGCAGUUCGUGACGUUGCUGCCGGGCGACGUGAUCCUUACCGGUACACCGGCUGGCGUAGGAUACACGCGCAAUCCACCGGAAUACCUGCAGCGUGGCGAUGUACUUGAAACCGAGAUCGAGAGUUUGGGACGUCUGAGGAACAAAGUGAUCUGAUCCCAGAAUUGAAACAUGCCUUCGGAACGCGUGUCGGGACGGUUUCGUCCUUCAGGACCAUCACAAGACUGGAUCUGCGUUCCUUCGGGGAGCGACAUUCGCGAUGAUGUUGAUAGACGUACGCGAAAACACGCGUUCGUGUGAUGUAGAUAAUUUCAACGCGAUUGCGAAUGUUCACGCGGAGGGUAGCAUUGGCCCCCCUCUUCAACUCGGGGCACGAAAGCGCGCCUAGCAACACCGAUAACACAGCAACGCUAAUUUUCUAUGUGUCACGUAUUUUAUAUACAAUUAAAACAAGAGUGUUUCUAU